AUGCCUCCUGCAAGGAAUUCUCGUCUACUGCAAGGCUCACAUCCAAGGUGUUAUCGCAGACACAGCAGAUUGAGGACCAACAGUGCAGACGAGCAAGGUACAAGGCCAAUAUUACAGGUAAGAGAACUGACACUGGCUUUAGGACUCAGUACCGAAUCUCAAACAAUACUCGCUGACAUGCAACAUGAACCUGUGGACAGCGUGGCUGCUGGAGUGGAUGAUACUAUGAGUGCCGUGGAUGAUGAUUUUCAAUGGGAAACGGUCCCUGAUGACCUCAAAGACAAUGAGACCUUCAUGUUCACUGUGCGAGACCUCAUUGGUAGUCAGUGGCAUGUAUACAAGGAUAAGCGUGGAUGGCGCCAACAUCUCAUCUGCCUUCAUGCAAAUUGGACCCCAAUGGUCGACACACUCACCUCUGGAUAUCUUAAGUGGAAAUAUUCACCAUUUCCUGAAGAAAGUGAACCCUGUCCCUACGAUUUCUUGAUUAAUGUCAUCAACAUAUACACACUUGUCACCACCGCCAACAUCUGCUGUGCACCAACUGUUGAAUCUGCUGCCAAAGCCUUAGUUUUAAAUGGUUAUCUGGGUGCUACUCCCCAUUCUCCAACCAUCACCAUUUCUCUGUCAACUCUUGAACUUUACAGGCAUCUGCACCUGUGUAAACCUUCGCUCAGUGUCAAGGCAUUCGCAAAGGUGAUUUGUGAUAUAUAUCAUGUAUGUUUUAUAGAAAUUCUGAUUAGUAUUGUAUCUGAUAUUGAACUUUGUACUGCACUUGCUGAUACUUUUGACAUUUAUCUUACAAUCCACCGCAACAUUGAUAUUCAAGUUUCAAAGGCCCUCGGAUGUGAUACCAAAGACUGGCGUGUGCUUAACGCAUGUCCGCCAUGCACAUAUGAGCUGAAAGAUGAACCGGAACUCAUUUACUGCUGUAUGAUUGUGUUUGAUGGCAACAAUUUGCUAUCACACAUGGCACUGCUUGGACACUGUGAAGUCAGCGAUACACGCAAGUUUCAAAGCAACUACUACCUCGAAAGUGACUAUAUUGAAGUCUAUGCAUCUCCAUCCCACAUACAAUCAUCAGAUGAUGAGAACCUCAACCUUACAGUAGAGGACCCUGCUGCUUCCAAUAUGUCGCAACUUAUGUCAUCAUGCACUGACAACUGGAAAGCUGCUGCAGCAGAUGCGAAGAAUAAAUCCUGGGGAAUAUUUGAAGAGAUGGGGAUAUUUGCAAGUGCUUGCCAUCAUGGUCUCAUACUCUGGAUUGCAGACAUGAUUUGUAGUGGGGAACUUUUCAAGUACCCUCUAGCUAUUGUGAGCCAAGCUCUUGAGACCCUUGCACCACAUCUUUUGAUUGGAUAUGAUGUUGGCUGCAAGCUUGCCAUAACAAUUGCCUCGAGCGCAUUAGCACAGAAGUUCAAGGAUGCUGAAUGCCGUAUGUGUCUACACGUGCCAGAUCAAAACCACCCUAACAUCAUCAAAGGCAUGGGAAUCAAAGAUCUUGCUACCAUGGAAUGCAUCUUUAGUUCAUCCAAUCAACUUGCUGCCGUCACUCGCUAUGCUUCAGCAUUCAACCGCUGUGUCCACAUAGACUCAUUCUUCAAGCAGUGGGAUGAGGACAAGUAUCUCAACCUUGGUAAUAUGCUUUACAGAAAUUAUGUUCAAGCAUGCCAGAUCAUUGAUGAGCAGGGAGUCGCUGUCUGGGAAGCCAAGGUUUUGCUUGGCAUUUCUGAUGAUGACAUCAAGACCUUGUCUCUGGAGCAAUCACAUUAUCUUGCUACAGCAGGCCAUGAAGUUGAGUGGAGUGUUCAUGCCGUUGCAUAUGUUGAGCUUCUUCAGAAACUCAGGGAAGCAAGAGCUGCUGCUGAAAAUGCUUCUGCAUUGUUCCUGAAUGCUACACCAGUAAAUUACGAGUUUGUCGCAUCAUCAACCACUGGCACUUCCUACUCUACCAAUCUCUCAAAGACCCGAAAACUAGAGAUGCAGCGCCGACACACUAAUGAAUGUUAUGACUUGAUCCUGCAAGAUCAGUACCUCACCACCCUGAAGUAUAUGUCGCAGCGCGAAUAUCAUCGUGCACUCGAUAAUCUUCAAAGACUUGUAGUCCUUCGUUAUCACAUGCGCACACAUAUUGCCAAGUCACUGCAGGCUCGCUACAAGGCAAUUCAAAAUGCUGUCAAGUCCUACAAUGCAGCUGCUCUUUCCCUCGACCCACCGGCACCCACACUGGACUGGUCCAAAGUCUCACACUAUAACUUCCUUGAAGAGUUCAUCCUUUUAUGCGAGACACAUCAGGACAUUCACACCAAACACUGGGCUGAACCUGCAGUACGUGAAGUGAUGAAGCAGAGCCUUCACAUCAAGCACGCCCAUGAAGAAAUGCACCAUUGCAAUGUUGAAAGUCAACGGCUACAUACUGCCAUUGUUGAUAAAGAAAGGCACUUCGCUCAGGUCAUAUCCAAGGCCAAAAUUGCAGGUGAUCCUUUGUGUGGAGCACUUGAAGAGUUCUGCCAAUGCCAGCUGCACAUCAAUGCCCAUGUACUUGCUCAUUUGCAAGACUUAUAUUCACUUGAUAGAUUUAUAGGCUCCUCGACCCCUGGUGUCAGCAAGAACACUUCAGAUGACAUACAAACCUCUAUCAACUUGCAGCCUUUAGUUAAUUUGGAGCAUGAGAGUGCAGAAGCAGAUGAGAACAAUGAUUGUGAAGGACUCAAGGAAGAUGAUGCCAUUGCUGGCGAAGUAGGAGGUCUACUCAAUUACAUAUCCGAGUUACCAUAG